AUACUUGGGCUCUCCUGAGGAAGAUAGUGGAUCUUUAGGUGCAGAAACGGUUGAAAAGUUAGUGGAUCGUCUUCAAUCCUCAAUGAGGCUAGACGAUCGUCGCGAUGCUCUCCGAGCCCUUAAAGCUUUGUCAAGGAAUUUUAGGCUAGAAGUUGGGACUUUGGCUAUGCCUAAUAUUGUAAAUAGUCUGAAGCAGGACAGCCGUGAUUCAGACAUCAUUUGUUAUUCCUUAGAGGCAUUAAUGAAUGUUAUGUCUGAUGGAUUUACCUUAGACACCCCUAAUGAUUCUGAUUUGCCUGCUGAUUUGGGUGGGCAAUUUACCGAAAUAUUCAUCAAAGAUAUCGACAAUGUCAAACUUAUUGUCGGCUUUAUUGACGCCUACGAUUUACACAUACGCCGUUUUUCCGUUCGAUUUUUAACAAUUCUCCUGAGUAAUCGACUCCGUGAUGUUCAGGACAUUAUUCUUAAGUGUCCCAUGGCUAUUUCAAAAAUUGUUGAUACAUUAUCUGACUCAAGGGAGGCUCUGCGAAACGAUGGACUCCUAUUGCUUAUCGAAGCUACAAAAGGACAUUCAAAUAUACAAAAGAUUGUCGCAUUUGAAAAUGUCUUCGAUCGUCUUUUGAACAUAAUCUGUUCUGAGGGCCUAAGUGAUGGAGGAAUCGUUGUGGAAGAUUGCUUGAAACUACUACGGCAGCUUUUAGAGUCAAAUCCUCCAAACCAAACCCUUUUCAAGGAAGGAAGCUUUAUUCAACGUCUGAAGCCAUUUGUCUCAUUAAGUCCAGAAGAUAUCAGCAGUCAGCUUGGUUGGUCAGCCCAGAAAGUUGCAAAUGUGCAGUUAAUGCUCCAAGUUAUUCGUAUUCUUGUCUCUCCAAAUAAUAAAUCCCAGGUCACACAUGCCUGUCAAACUGCUAUGAAUGAAUGCAAACUUCUCGCAAGCUUAUGUGAUAUUAUAAUGGCUCAUGGUAUUCCUUCUGAUGUUCUAACUGAAGCCAUAUAUGCUGUUGCCGAGGUUAUUCGGGGUUGUUCUAUAAAUCAAUCCUAUCUUGCUGCGUUGACUGUACCUUCCGAGCCUCCUCAGCCGGCUGUUACGGUACUACUUAUCUCCAUGGUUAAUGAUAGACAAUCUUUGGUUGUUCGUCAAGCCGUACUCUAUUGCUUUCAAUGUUUUCUUGCGUCGAAUCCAGAUGGACAGGCUGAAAUUGUCUCUACUCUGUUGCCCAAAACAGCCCAAAGUCAUGAUAUAACAGCUGGACAGCUUUUAUGCCGCGGGCUUUUCUCACACGAUUCUCUUUCAAUCUGGUUUUCUUCGAUUUCAUUCCUACACAUAAUAAGAGCUAAUCGUCGUCUAAAAGAGGAACUUUUGAGGGUUCACUUGGCACCAACCAUCGAUAGUCAGCCUGUGAGCUUACUGCAACAAACGUAUUCACUCGUCAGUCAAGUAAGUUAG